GGAGCGCGCAUGUGGGCGGCAACAGGGAACGUCUGUCCUCCUGUGGGAUCGGAGCGGGGUGCAAUGGUGUUGUGAUUGGGGUGGACAUGGGCACCGCACCCUAUAAAACUACUAGCAGGGAGGAGACAGGAGCAGAGGAAGCAGAGAGACGCCUCGCCCACAGCAUGUCCGGCCACAAACUUCAGUCUAUGCAGCCCUUACUUAUAUUUGUGUGGUGCCCAUUUCUUCAGUGUAAGAACCAGAGCUGUGUGGAGAUUUCUGCAUAAGAGCACAUUGGAAAUUACAGUGGGACUGUCUCCAUACCUCAUUGCUCGUGUGGAUCUCACAUCACGCCAUUAAAGAAGAUUGCAGAUCUUAGCUCGGAUGAAAUAUAGACUAUUCUGAUUUAAUAUUAUAAUCACGAAUCUACAUUGUAUCAAGCCACCGACAGACUGCUGCAAAAUAGUGUAUACGCUGAAUAUUUAUACCAGGAUCAGAUCUUACUUAAUUUUAUUUAGACAAUAAUUUACCAGUGAACACGGGACCUUCUAUGUGGAAUAUACUUACAACUGUUGCCGUUUACUUCACUAACAUAGGGGCAUAAUUGCCCAUAAACAAGAUGAUGAAAGUACUAAGUUGGCGUUGGGCGCAUGCGCAUCACGUCACGCGCAUUCUAAUUGGCUGUGUCAGAUCAGCAGGACUCGCACAGGAUUGGUGGAGUCCGAUAAGCUUGCGCACUGCUGACAAACGCAAACAACAUACGGCGAUACACGAGACUGCAGCAUCUCUGUUGGAUAUGACCUCAGUCUGGAUGAGAUUAGAGACCUGACAAUGGAAAGAGUGAAAUUUGUCAUGAGUCUACCCCAAGUUCAGCAAGCAUUUAAUGAAAUGAUAGAUAAAAAAAAGAACUUUGUCAACAAAAGUAUGAUAAUGGGAGAAGUUCUUUGUACAGCUGAUAUGACAACUGGAGUAAAGUGUGGAGUCAUCUGCUGGUUAUUUGGAGGAGCAGUGAUGAACCUUGGCAGCCCAGAACACAUCCAGAAAUGGUUUGUUCCCUUAAAGAAUCUGGAGUAUACAGGGAUGUUUGCAAUGACAGAACGCGGACAUGGAAGUAAUGUAAGAGGGAUACUGACCGAAGCUGUGUUUGAUCCAGUGACACAGGAGUUUAUUAUCCAUACCCCUUGUGAGAAUGCUCAGAAGAUGUAUAUUGGCAAUACAAUGAAAGGAAACUAUGCUGCUGUGUUUGCACAACUAAUUAUCAAUGGGAAAUCUCAAGGGCCGCAUUGUUUCAUUGUCCCAAUCCGUGACAAAAAUGGGAAUAUGUAUCCAGGUGUAGAAGCAAUAGACAUGUUGUACAAAGAAGGACUUCAUGGCGUAGACAAUGGAAUCCUGACAUUCAAUCAAGUUCGGAUCCCAAGAGAAAACCUGCUGGACAAGUUUGGCUCAGUUUCUUCUAAUGGCAAAUACAGCUCACCAAUUGAGAACAAAAGUGCCCGCUUUAAUGCCAUGCUAGCUGCUCUCACACCAACAAGACUAGCCCUAACGUUUCAGGCUCUAGGAGCUAUGAAGCUUGGAUUGACCAUAGCUAUUCGAUAUAGUCACAGCCGAAGACAGUUUGGCCCCAAGAACAAGGAAGAAGUGAAGAUAAUUGAUCACCAGACACAGCAUCUGCGACUGAUGCCACAUCUGGCCACGGCACUGGCCAUAACAUUUACUAGCAGAUAUGCGGGGGAAAUGCUGGAUGAGGAUGUUUAUCAUAAUAGAGACCUGGUAAAUAAUCGUCCUUUGCAAGCACUUGUAGCGGGCCUUAAAGCUUACAGCACAUGGGAGAAUCUGUCUUGUCUACAAGACUGCCGGGAAUGUACUGGAGGAAUGGGUUUCAUGAUGGAGAACCGAAUCCCUGGCUUAAAAUGUGACUCAGAUGUAUUUGUCACAUUUGAGGGUGACAAUGUUGUUAUGCUGCAGGUGGUAGUUCGAGAACUGCUCGCACAAUACUCAAGGCAAUAUGAGGAAAGCCCAGUAUUUGGUCUUCUCAGAAACUGGACCAGUUCUGUUGGUGAUUGGCUAAGAACAAGUAUCUUGGCAAUUGGUUCAGAUAAAAUCAGCAACCUGACAUUCUUUGUAAAAGCUGUCAGUUUUCGGGAGAGGGUACUGCAGCAUGGGCUGGCAGCCAGACUAUACCACAAGGUAAUGACAAGGAAGGAGGAGUUUUUCUCUGCUUGGAAUUCCUGUUUGAACCACGUGGUCACCCUGGCUUUGGCUCAUAUCCACAGAGUUACCUUGGAGCAGUUUGCAUUAGCUGUGGAGUCUUGUCCUGCGCCAAAGGAUCAGAGUUUACUAAUGGAGUUCUGCCUGCUUUAUGGCACAAAAUUGAUUUACAAUGAAAGAGCCUGGUAUCUAGAACAUAAAUACCUAACACCAGCAACCAGUAACCAGAUCAGAGAUCAGUUACUGGAGCUGUGCAGGUUGGUGAAAGACGAUGCCCUGAAGGUUGUUUCUGCUUUUAACUUACCACGUGCUACCAUCCAAGCCCCUAUUGCUGGCAUUCCCAAUCCAAGGGCACAGUGGGCUUAUUACCCUGAGCCAAAAGAAGAAGAUCCCAAAGUGCCAAGGAAAAUCAGUGCCAAGCUAUAAUCCGAUCCUGCCGAAUGUUGACACAGCAGCCAAAUUAAGUGAAGUGACUCACCGAAAAUGUUUAAGCUUUCUUUCUUGUUCUCAAUUGCAGGAAAUUAUCCAAUUACCUUUAUAAUAAAGACACAAUCCUCUUUUAUACUGUAGUAGUGAAGAGAAACCGGCACUUUCAAGCACAAAAAAUGUAUGCAAUAUUUAUGGCAAUAGGCAGUGAUGGCAAAAGGUAGCGUUUGUAAUCCACGAGGCGGCGGUGCAUGAACCCAGAAGAAACAAGUGAAAUAUGCACAAGGAAAUAAUAAGGAUGCACUCACCGGUCGUAUCUGGGAAAGCUUGGUGGAAUUUAUUUACCCAGCUGACACAGUUACAUCUUCAAUGGAGGAAGGGAGAGACACAGAUACCAGCUCCAGAGGAGUUGGAAAGGAAGCGACGGUCCGUUUGGCAGUAUGCACUGCUUGUUCACGCUACUGGUGUCUGUGUCUCUCCCUUCCUCCAUUGAAGAUGUAACUGUGUCUUCUUGUAAAUAAAUUCCAUCUAGCUUUCCCACAUAAGACCGGUGAGUGCAUCCUUAUUUCUUCCUUGUGCUUUAUCCUCUUUUAAUUGUUAAUAUUGAGGAAAAAACACAGAUAAAGAUGUAACGGGACAACUAUGAACAUAAUCAUUUUAUAAUUUAUAAAUAGAUUCUUUUUCAUAAUAAAUUGAAUUCUGAAAAGUCAGUAAUGUAGUGUAUGCCUGUACCAUAUGUGUAACUAAAAGUAAUGCAGAGCAAAUUUCCAAAUAAUAACAAAUGCAAGUCUAUUACUUUCGGGGCACAUGUUACUACAGGCAAUGUAAUUAUAAUGACAUUAUUACAACACUGAAGGGUAAUUGAGAGGGAUGCUGGUAAGUGUACUAAGUCUACUAUCCCUGCUUACUGGUUGUUAAAUAAUCUGUAUCCAUUGUAUGGGCUAUGUCAUAUUGAGGUCCAUCAGAUGAAAGCUUGGAUAAAGCUGAGGGUUUUGUCACAUUGGAGUCUACAAGACUACAAUACAUGUAACACUAAGAAAUGUUAUCAAAAAGAUUGAAUUAAAGGAGUACUCCAAUGGAAAACAAUUGGUGCCAGUAAAUUAAACAGAUUUGUAAAUUACUUCUAUUAAAAAAAAUCUUAAUCCUACCAGUACUUAUCAGCUGUUGUAUGCUCCACAGGAAGUUCUUUUCUUUUUGUAUUUCUUUUCUGUCUGACCACAGUGCUCUCUGCUGACACCUCUGUCCAUGUCAGGAUCUGUCCAGAGCAGAAUAGGUUUACUAUAGGGAUUUGCUCCUACUCUAGACAGUUUCUAACAUGGACAGAGGUGUCAGCAGAGAGCACUGUGGUCAGACAGAAAAGAAAUUAAAAAAGAAAAUAACUUCCUCUGUAGUAUGCACCAGUUGAUUAAAAAAAAAAAUUCCACUGGAGUAACCCUUUAAGUUUUUCAGGGCAGACCCCUAUUACCACCAUGAUGCCAACAGACAUCCAACAUUACAUGUAAUCUCAACUGCCUGAAAACAACCAUGGAACAAUUCCAUUUCAUCUAGGAAAGUGCAUAUUUUCCAAUAAGUUCUCUUUCUCUAUAAAAUGUGAUCAGGGAUCAAACGUUAUAUAUGAUAUCUAACUACUCCGUGACCUCUUGGACAAUCAGAUGUCAUAUUAAAGGUUAUUU